UGACUGAGAUCAACAACCAUAAGAAAUACCAACAUAUGUCGAGGAAUACCAACAUAAUGUAUAAGUUGUUUCUGCACAAUUUCAGAAUUAUGUAUCGGUUAAAGGAAGAAAGCGAUUUUCAAUCAGUUGUUGGAGUAUUUCAUCUGUUGUUACAGGUGUUCAUAUAAAAUGGAAAACCCAACCAGUGGUUACAGCUGUUAUAUAGGUACAGAUAGCACUAUUCAUACAUGUAAAGACACUAAUGUAACAAAGAGGGAACCUCCAGUGUGGCUCACCUUCAUUGGAAUAUUCUUCAGUCCUAGAGUUAUGACAGCUGCACUUAAGUUUGGUUUGGCAGCGUGUCUUAUGAAUCGCUUUGAACGACUUGGGUUUGUAAUAAUGUUGCUGUGUUUAGCUUUGUACUAACCCAAUGACGUAGACAAAUCGAUGUUGCCUGUUUCAUUUCCUUUUCCUUUCGUAUGUGAUGAGAGCAUAUUCAUUUUGUCAAGUUUGGAAGUUGUCCUUUUUUAGUUGUUUGUGAGGUGACUCUAAAUCGACUGUAUUUGUUCAUUAAAUGAAAGAUACUGUUAAUAUGUUUCGUUUAAUUAAUAAGAAAAUCGUGGGAAAUUACCACAAUUCUGUGUUGUCAAUGAGACAAAUGUUAAAUAUAAGUGGCAUAAAACUGAACAGUGCUUCAAGAAUUAACAAAUAUGUAACACAAGUUGGAAGUUUGAGCAUUACAAAUGCAGUACUUCAAAAUGGGCUCAAAGUGUCGUUUGAGGCGCAAAAGAAGUUGUUUCAUGUGACAGCUAGCAGACAAGCUCUGCCUCCUCUUUUCAUCAUCAUCCUUAGGCCUCUGUCAAAGAUCGCAGCAAUUUUGUUUGGAAGGACUUUCAGGAAAUGGUGGAGAGCUUUGCCGCCUGACAAGAAACAAGAUUUGAUACUCAGAUUGAAGAGAAAUAAGAUGGUGUUAUUAGCAUCUGGUAUUCUGGCUUCAACAGGAGUAGUAUGGUAUUACUCAAGUCAUCUUGAAGAAGACCCAAUUACAGGCAGGAAAAAGUUCAUUGCUUUUAGUAAUGAAUAUAUCUUGCAAUUGGCAAAGGUAGAACUUACAAUGCAAAGCGAAUUACACAAAGAUCAUUUUCUGCCAAUAACACAUCCUGCAUACAAGCGAGUAGCUAAGGUUGCCAACCAACUGCUUAAAAGCAACAUGGAGAUCCCAGAGUUACAGCAAAGAAAUUGGGUUGUGACAGUUGUUGAUGAACCAUCAGUCAACAAUGCCUUUGUGUUACCAACAGGUCACAUAUUCAUCUUCACUGGAAUCCUGAAUGUGUGCACCAAUGAUGAUCAACUGUGUGUGAUUCUUGCACAUGAAAUUUCACAUGUUCUUCUUUCUCAUAUGGAUGAGCAGAUUAGCAGCCUACACCUUGUGGAUCUCUUGAUUCUGAUACCCCUGGCAUUUAUAUGGGCUGUCUUGCCAGAUGCUGGAGCUCUGAUGGCCCAGGGGCUCUCAGAAUACUUCACGAAGGUGCUGUUCCAUUUACCAUUCAGCAGAGCACUUGAAGCUGAGGCAGACCAGGUUGGCCUCCAGCUGACAGCAAAGGCGUGUUAUGAUGUACGUGAAGCAAGUGCAUUCUGGGCUAAAAUGAGUGUGUUGGACAAGGAGUGUGAGUGGCUUUCCACACAUCCUAGUAACGAGACUCGACAGCUUGUAUUAGAUUCUCUGAUGCCUUCAGCCAUACGGCUGCGGGAUGAUUGCAAGUGUCCGCAACUGCCACUGGUGGAUCCACGCAUGCUCACAGCUGUCAAGCAGAAGAAAGCAGUUAUAUAAAAAUAAUGAAUAAGAAAUGUUUGCUAAUUUGUAGUUAUAGUGAACUGUAUUCAACAAAGAAUAAAAAUGACUACUUGUAAGGCACUGAAUGCCUUCUAGGCUUGAUACCA